GCAAGCGGCUGACAGUCGAUUUACCGUACCGAAAGACACGAAACGUGUCUCAAAUAAAACUUAAAACAUCCAAAUACAGCUAUUAUAUAAAUAUUUACCAUAAUCAUCCAUAAACAACAAAAAGUUUCCAAGCAGUGACUAUAAAGUGAAAUCAGUGACUGAACGAAAUCGUUCGAGCGUAUCCGGGACUGUAGAAUUUCGAAUUUGGAUACGUUCAUCGACACGGGAGACUAUCAAGUUUUGGAGUUUCGUGUAACGCCGAAUGGAUUAACAACGUUUAAUUCCAGGUUUCACUUGCGGAAACUCGCCUACGUUGUCGUAUAGCGGUACUUGGUACUCCAACUGUAAACUGUGCGGCAGUGGUGUGGUAUUGAGUAACCGUCUGGUUUUUGUAUAGUUUAUCGUGGUUUUGGGAUUGAAUCGUAGGUGUCCCGUUAGACAUAUUAGUAUGCGAGUGGACUGUUAAUUUAGUGUGUGGACUCGUGUGGCUAGUGUGGUGCUGUGGCAGUUUAUGGCGCGAUGAUUAGCGGAGGCUGGGUGUGUGCUCUCCAUGUCCGCACGGCUGGACUUGGAGGCGCCGCGCUGGGCUCUGAUGAGGAGGAGGCCGUCUACCUCGCUUAUGUGGUCAUCGAUGUGCUCACCAACCAGGUGAUAGGCGAACGGGAAUACGCAGUGCGACCCACGAGAAGGCCCUCAGAAGAAUUACAAACCGGGCAACCACUCGAUGUAGUGGUUCAACAGUUCGACGAGUUCGUGCGGUCUCUACAGGUGGACCCCCACUCCCCACUCUUCAGGCUCGUCACGGACGGACAACCACCGCUCAGACAAUGCCUUCACCCGGAAGCGUGCAGCAAGGACCUGAACCUGCCCACAUACUACGCGCGCUUCCACGACCUGCGCAAGGAGUACGUACGGGCGUACACGCUGCGGGCUGUAACGCCGCGUUCCCAGCCCGCACCUCCGCCGCCUGACCAUCCCACGUGUCUACUGGACAUGCUUAACUAUUUAGGUAUAACUCCGUAUGCGGGUGAGAAUUUCUACGCAGCAGAAGUCAAAGACAUGGCGAGCGUUAUACAAAGGAUAAUUACAGAUGGUUUUAGAUUAGAACUACCGGAAACAAUCGAUCUUGUGUUAGAAACUGGAAUUUGCUCAAAAGACGAUGAAAUAGACGGCAACUGCAUAGUCAGAGCGCGAGGUCUACCGUGGCAAUCAUCAGAUCAGGACAUCGCUAAGUUUUUCCGAGGACUCAAUGUCGCAAAGGGAGGAGUAGCUCUGUGCCUCUCACCCCAGGGCAGACGCAACGGCGAAGCGCUGGUGCGUUUCAUCUCACAGGAGCACAGAGACAUGGCGCUUAAACGACAUAAACACCACAUCGGGCCGCGGUACAUCGAGGUGUAUCGGGCGACAGGAGAUGAUUACGUGCAGGUGGUAGGUGGUGCCACGUGCGAAGCGGUCGCCUUCCUCUCUCGUGGCGCUCAGGUCAUAAUUCGGAUGCGAGGCCUGCCUUAUGAUGCUACUCCGCAGCAAGUUCUGGAGUUUUUCUCAACGGGUGACGAUCCAGUGAACGUUCUGGACGGCGCAGACGGGGUUCUGUUCGUUAGGCGAGCGGACGGACGAGCGACCGGGGACGCUUUCGUGCUGUUCGCGAAAGAGGACGACUCUCCCAAGGCCCUGUCGCGACAUCGGAAGUUAAUAGGAGCUAGAUACAUCGAGCUAUUUAGAUCUACCACCGCGGAAGUGCAACAGGUGCUAAACCGAUCAUUGGAGACGCGCACGAGUCAAGCCAGCACUCCUUCAACUGCCAGCGCGCCAGCUGAGAGCUUGCUGCCAGUGGCGUUGGUACCCCAGCACGUCAUCACUUCAGGAACCGCAAAGGACUGCGUGCGACUUCGUGGACUACCCUAUGAGGCUCAGGUGGAGCACAUAUUGACGUUCCUGGACGAGUUUGCACAGAACAUCGUCAUGCAAGGAGUUCACAUGGUGUACAAUGCACAGGGUCAUCCGAGUGGAGAAGCGUUCAUACAGAUGAACAGUGAGACCAGUGCUUUCCUAUGCGCCCAGCAGAAACACCAUCGGUACAUGACCUUCGGCAAGAAGCAGCGGUACAUCGAGGUGUUCCAGUGCUCAGGGGACGACAUGAACCUCGUGUUGACCGGCGGCGUCACCCCCGCGACCUCGCCCAAAGUGCUCUCCCCCGGUCCAGUCACGUACUACUAUCCAGCGAUGGGUCCAACGUUGCCACCUCCCCCAUUGGUGUACUGGGGCUAUCCGACUCCGCCGGUCUCGCCUGCGCAUUAUUACCACAAUCCACACCACCCUCAAACUAUGAUGCCAGAAGUAGUUUCAGUGGGAGGAGGUUCGCCAUUACCGAUACCACCACCUGCCGCUUGCCCCGAGUGGCCCAUUUUCAUGGUCAACUAAACUUAUCUAAAAUUUUAAAAAAAUACCUUCUUUUUGCCCAAAGUGUAACUUUUCAAGUGAACCCACGAUAGGUUUUGCGUUUACUUGUCACUUUAUCUAGGUUGUGAUCGUGUUCUUUCGAAUUCUUUAGGUAAUUAACGAAACGUCUUAUCAAAAUAUGCAUGCAAAAAAUCUUAAUACUUUUCAUAGUCAAAGUUCAGAAAACAUAUUUUCAACUUAGUAGAUUAUUUCAAAGCAUAUUUAUAUUCAAUCCUUUUAAGUGAACAAACGCUGGCGUUUAAUCUUCUAUUUUAUAUUUAAGACGAUUGAGUUGUGAUCGUGUUUUGUACUCGAAUUCUUUAAAUAUUUAACUAAAUGUCUUUGAUAUAAAUAAAUAAUUUUGAAAUUUGUAGAUCAUUGAAAAUGAAAUCUUUUUUUAAGUAUUUUUUUUUAAUUGUUAUUUAGUUAUAUCUUAAGAAUCCGAGUAUAGUCGUCAGCAUCUACGGAUUAGGAGACCCUGGAUUUGAUUCCCGGGUAGGUUCUAAAAUGUUUAUUUGGGUUUUCUAACACAUUACCAGCGAAGAAUGGAAAACGUUUUCCAACCCGUGUCUCAAAAAUAACCUUAAGCCUACAUACCGGUUAUUAACAUAAAAUGCGAUAUUAUUUGUUAAAACCCGCCUUGAACGUGUAGGGUUAAAGUUUAAACCCCUCUCAUUCACAGGAGAGGGGUUUAAAGCUCCCUCUCUCAUAAGGCUGCCCACACACAGUUAAUAUUGAUAUUAUAAAUAUAUUUUUUUUACCAAUAUCUUCAACUUAUUAAAACACACCAUUAUUGUAAACAUACAGAAUAUGUCAACAAUAAAGACUUAUGUGCGGGGAACCAUAGAGACUCGGGCCCACUGACCUAUAUUAUAUUCUACUACCUAUAGUAUUAUAGAAGUCAGUGCUCUUAUGGAGCACGAGCACUGACGAAUGGGACAAUAAUCUGGCUGAUAUGGAUGCCUUAAUACAGUUUGACAACUUUGAACGUAUUUGACAGAUUGACCUGAAAAGUUGCACUAAGGGAAAAGUUUAUUAUAUUUUCCAUGAGCGAGCUUACAAGCUACAAUGCAUAUGAUGUCAGUGAUUACAGUGAUUUUUAAGUCGAACCACGAGGACACCCUUAAUCUGUCCGUUCUGCAGUAACUCUAAUCAAUAUGCAAAAUAGUUUAAGUUUACUUCACCAGUCAUACAAAAUUCAAAAAUUUAAUUCUGCGUAUAGAAAUUCUGAAGCAGCUGGAUAAAAUUAAACACCUAUAUUUUUUGUGCUGUGUGAAAUGCCAGCCGCCGCACCGCGUCUUUGGCACUCUAUACAGGAUGUAAAAAAAAGACAAAAUGUCACCGUUUAUAGGUUAAUAAGUUAUAUAGCAUUAUAUAUACGUGUAUAGAUAAAAAGAAAUAUCGCUCAAUGUAGUUUUAAUUUAGCUUUAGUUUUACAAUUACUUUUUCGACUAACAUCUCGGUUUGAUAAAACAUAACUUAUAAAAUGAAGUGAAGCCACUUCGCACACAUGCAAUGGUGUGCAUAGCCCAUGCACAAGGUAUGCAGAUGAUAUAGAAUGAAGAAAAUCUCCAGCACGAGUUAUAAAAAACUUAAGGAUUGUAAGAAUUAUAAAAAGCCUACCCUUUAGUAUCUAUAACUCGUACUGGAUAUUUUUAUCAUUUUGUAUCAUCUGCAUAUCCUGUGCAUAUCCUCUAAGUACGCCACUGCACACAUGCACUAUGGGGUGUUACACACCAAAUUAUUAAAUAUAUGACUAAUUGAAAUUACCUUGUACAAUUUACAUUACAGUUGGUAGGUUAAUAAGAAAAAAAACGUAUAUAAAAUGAAUUUGCCUAAAACUUUGAUUAAUAGUAACAAAUCUCAUAGAAACAUAGUUCAGCCUUUCUAAGCCAAAGUAAGAGUAGAAUAAAUAAAUUGAUACAACAUUUAACAUUUUAGUUUCUGAGAAAUUAUGUUUCUUAAAGCAUAUAGAUUUAAAAAUAAAUUAUCUACAAAUAAAUAUGGCUUUUAAACAGAUUUAAUUCAAAAUGCGCGAAAAUUACUUCUAUAUGGCUAUAAAAAAAAAAUAUUGUUUUAAUCAAUUUCCUAUAUAACUAAAUAUAUCCAAUAUUUAGUAAAUAAAUUUAACUAUUAUUAAAAUAAUUAUAUUAAUAUAAAUUGUAAGCUUUGCUGUUUAAUGUAUAACUACUUAAUGGUACAAAACAUAAAUCUUGUAACAUCACUUGCCAAUACAAUCGAGAUUCAAUGAUUUAUGUAAGUCGCGUCACGGAAAAAGUAUGCUGACUGGCCGAUCACAAGAACAUCGCAGAUACACGAUAAAUGUUCUUACAAAAUUAAUUAUAAAAUUAAUUUAGUAAGAACAUUCACUGUUUAUCUUAUUACACUUAGUAGAUGAAUAACUGCACUACAUUUUGUUUUACAUAUCGUCACAUCAACGGCAAAUUUACGAAUAUGUAAUUUUAGUAAAAUCUGUACCUAAUGUGGUAUCUUGAACUCAUUGGCAACCAUAGCUACUAUAGCACGCAUGGAAAAAAAAACGCAUAAAACCGGAAACUUCAUUUUAUGUUGGUAACCUCGCAGUUAAACUUACGAAUUUCAGAACACUUUCCUGUAAAAUACAUGUUUUGUAAAUUCAUUUGUUUUCCGGGAUAUGACGAUAAUAUUAUUUAACAGUAACAGGUAGGCAUUCAGUGGACGGAUGAUAUUAAAUGGAAAGUUUGGCUACUAUUACUACUAUUCCAUUGCAAUAUAUCAAAUGUUUCUUGCCUACCCUGAUUGACACCCUGUUUACGUCCAUUAAUACCUAAGUUUAAAAGCGAAAUUAAUAUUCAUUAAGUAGGUAAAAUAAGCAUGGUCACAGGUCGACCUGUAGCCCUCUUUUUACGUGACACCUACAAUAUCAUUAUGAAUGGCUCAAAUGACGUGAUAAUAUGAUAUACCUUUCUAAGAUAUUGCUUAUUAUAAGUGAACUUAGUUGUAAAUUAAUUAAAAUAUAUUUAAUGUAAUAAACACGAAAUGUAUAUUAAGAAAAAGCCUUCUUUUUAAAAGUCUAUGAAUAUGCAUAGUAUUAUGAAUACUUGACUAAUAGAGGGAUGAUGUUAUAAAUAAUAUAUUCCUUAAAAUAUUUUACAUAUUUGUGAUUGUUUCAAAAUAUAAAAUGUUUUCCUCUAUUAUAUGUUGUCAGAUUUUAGGAAAAAAAUUGGAACUUAAGUUCGCUAUUUUAAAUAUAUUCUAUAUUUCGUUAAUUUUCUUAAUAAUUUAAUUAUAAUAAUAUAAAAAUAGACAUAUUAAAAUGUAACUAGCAAAAUUGUAUAACAAUAUCAUACGAAAUAGAGACGAUUUCUUAAAUUACAUGGCUGAUAUGCGGUGCUUCUUUUUUUUUUUGCAUCUUAGUAAAAUGUUAAGUUUAAUUGAUUGUAUACUACAAACAGUUUACUGUAUAGCUAAGACAUAGGUUGAUAUGCGCAAAAAAAGAAGCGAAUGAUAGAUAUUUUUUAGCUCAAAGACGUGGUUUACUCAUUUAGUCCACUUUUUCAUUCAUUUCAUCAAAUUUGAACGGUUAAAUAAUACAUCUAGAGUGACAUUAAGAGAAUGCACCUCAUCUUUUCAUCCCAAUGUUCCUUUACUAAUGUCGUGUUGUUAAUAACGUUACAUAUAAGUACGUCCCAGUCGCUAGGUGGCGAUGUUAAUUCUUAGCUAAUAUUAUUGCUGCGAGCGAAAAGAUAGAGAAGUAAAGAGUGAAUGAUAGAUUAAGUUAAAUCUGAUAAGUAAAGUAGUUCAUUUCCUUCACAUGUCCACUAAUAAGUAGGUAUAAAAGGUGUCGCAUAUAAAGAACACUGAUCUUAUUUAACGUUAGGCGAUUUAAACAACCACUUGCGAAUAAGUGCAUAUAUCUUGCCUUUUGUUUUGUAUAUUAUAUGUAAUUUGUAUGUGCUCAAUAUAUUAUUAAUUAAUUAAUCUUAUAAAAGCAUACAUUCGUAUGUUAGUGUUAAUUGCCCUGCCCGUUGCUCUUUUUUCGUGACACCUUUUCUAUUCAUUAACCUUAACAUCGAAACAACAUUUUAAUAUUUUUUUUAGUUAGUACAUAUAAUCGCUAAAACGCUCAAUUUCACUAAAAAGUUCCUUGUCUAAUGGAUACCUAAUAAUAUAUAUUCAAAUAAACUCAAUAACAGGUUUAUAAGUACUCUUUAAAAUAGGAAUUAUUUUUAAAAGUUAUAAAAGAAUUAUUUUCGUUCCUUUACUAAGUUCUUGUGCAGCUUGCCAGUGAUUUACUGUUAUCCAUUAAGAAGUUAUUUUAUCUAUGACGACUAUUUUUAUCUGUACCACAUAAAACACCCAAUUCAUUUCAUUCAUACGUCUCAGAUCCCGAUAUGUGCGUAUUAAAAACCUUACCUAUGGUAGAGAAAAAAAAAUUGGCUCUUUUAUCUUAAAAGGACCAAUUUUUAUCCUCUACUCUGUCAAAUGCCUUGCCUUGCAAAAUGUGGAGGCCCCAGAACAGCGUUUUUACCUUAGUCAGGCUUUACUUAUUUUUAAACGGUACUUUCCACUCUGAACCCUGGAAAUGAAUAUAGAAAUAUUGUAUAUUGAAGACCCUAUGAAGACUUUUAAAGGGAUACAUAAGCUGUUAAUAGGGGUCUUAGUUAUUUAAGCAGAUCGAUUAUUUAAAUUAGGCUUUCCAUAAAUAGAAUGGUAAGAAAUUUAAAUCUUUCAACUUCAAUAACGACUAUCAACACAUAUUUAAAGUUGUGUAAUUCAAUACGGUCUCCCAAAGCCUUAAAAAUAAGGCCUCUACAAACCAAAAAAGACAAAAAAGUAUUAAAAACACUCUGGUCGGGUCUUAUGUUGAUUGCCUAAGCCCGCAAACCGUGGAUGGAUAGCGUGGUGGAUCUGAAACACCCUUAUGUGCCCUGAUAUAAUAGGUUCAAGAUUUAAAUGAUUUUAAAAUAAGUAAUUUUUAAAACAGUGAUUAUAAAGGUGCUGAUUUAUUCAGUUUUUAGCAAAAGCCAAAUUAAUUACUUGUUAUUAUUUUGUUUCCAUUCUAGAGUAAGAAAAAGCUCAAUUAGAAAUAAGUUUUCUUAUUAGAAUAAGUUGAAACAGAUUUAUAAAUUAAGCUAAUCUGCUAUCAAUUAACUUAUUUACAAAAAAAAAACUGCUUUUUUGUGGACUUUUUUUAAAUUUUUUAUUGGUAAAUCACUAAAAUAAGACGUGUCAAAAUUGUUUUUUAUAAUAAUAUCAAAACCGAUUUCUACGUCAAUCAUUAAAAAACAGACUUGUGCUAAUAUAAUACGCAUGUACUGAACUACUUCAAUUAUAACUAUUUUAAUAAAAUAUGAUUUCCACUACUUAUAUUAAAAUCAAGGCGAGUACAAGUGAUAUAAAUAAGCUAAUAAAUAAAAUAAUAUUAGUUAAUUUAAAAAAAGCUUCAUCUUACACAGAGCAAUUAAAUAAAAAGUUGUAUUUCCUUUGUUCGGAUAUCAAAUAUCAGUAGAUUAUUAAUCUAGUUUGGUUAUAAUGCAUUUUACACUCGGAGCGAUACUAGGCGCGUGAGCUAAAAGCGAACACGCUAGCCGAGAGUGUAAAAAGUAAUGUACCAUAAUAAUUUCCAGGAAAAGACAUUUUAAAUACGUUUACAGAAAAUAACUGACCCUUUUUUGCUGUUUUUCCACAGAAUAGAUUUUUAUUCCCGGCGGAGUAAAAUGUACUAUUGUUCUACUUUUCAAUUUAAACUGGACAUUUGUAAUUAUUAAUAAUAGACCAAAAAUCCAAAGUAUUAAUUACUGAAAAUGGAAAGGUAAACCGAUACACGCCCAGUAUCGUUUGCUGCAUACAGCGUAUAUAAAAGACAUAGCAAAGGGAAUAUUAUCGUAUUCAAAACAUUUAAAAAAACCAAACUAGUUAUGAAUUGUGAAUAAUUUGAAUUAAAAAUACAUUUAUCAUAAUUAAGAAGUUAAAAAUAUUUGUUCAUUUAAGGAAAUGCUUACUAUAUUUAGCCGCAUAAAACCUCUUCAUGUUCUUAUAAUUGAAGUUGCAGAGAGGUUAAAACUAAACUUAAUCGGAUCAUCAUAUAAUAUAUGCACAAGUACACGUAGGUACGGUAAUUUUAAAUAAAACACGUGUGUCAAAUAUUUGUUAAUGAGCCUAAUAUCGAUGUUAAAAUAUCUACGUUACGAGUAAGUGCGAUAAAAAAGUUUUUUUUGCAACCUAUUUUGAAAGUAUCGCACAUUUUUAUAAUUUUUUUAUAAUUUUUUCAAGAUAUCAAAUAAGUAUCAAUAAUCGAUUUAAAGUAUGUAAUUCACCAAUCUCAUUAAAUAUAAAAGAAAUAGAAUAUAUAGUAAAUAAAGUUCUGCCCUAGCUGUUACAGGAUAAAUUAUACUUAAUAUAUUGAAUAUUUUAAUUAAUUGUGCUUAUUAAUUAAAUUAUUAUUGGCAUAAUAUUAAUUAGGUAUGAAUUCAUAAUGAAAUAUAAAGCAACAAAAUCUAAAUGUCUUCCGUAAAUAUAAUUUAUCUUUUUAAGUAUGUCAAUAAUUAGGAGUUUAUUGAAGAUAAACGUAAUUUUAAUUUAAAACUUUAAAGAUCUAUCGAUAUCGUUGAGUUUUUUUGGUUGAAUUUAUUUUGAACAUUUUUAAAACCUUAACAUAAAAUUUUAUUUGUAAUAUAUUACAAAAUUUAUAAAUGAAAUAUACCUUUACUUAUUGUAUAGAUCUAGUUAUUUAAAAAAAAAAAAAAAGCACUCGUAAUUUUUUUUAAAAAACAAGCAAUAAUAUAUUAUUUAAGUGCCUUUAUUAUAAUAAUCACUAUGGUCAGUUUUAGAGUAGAUUGUCUCUAGUUAAUUAACGUUAUUUCUUUGUUAUAAUUUCUAUUGCAUGAGUACAUAGCACAUGUUAUUCGACAUAGGGCUAUAUUCCACGAGUAUGCCAUGGCGACGUCGCGAAAUGCCACCGAAAAUCUCUGGGUAUAAUUAUGUCUACUAAUUUUCUCAUAUUAUUUCAUAAAGAUAGGACGAAAAAAUUAUAGAUAUAAUGUUCUGGAGGCGCGAAUGUUAGCCCUACGACACAAGCUACUUUGCAACGUCGCCAAUUUUAAAGUAUUGCCUGCUUGGACGAAUACUAGAAAAAUAUCAAAUAAUCAGAAACCGCUUUGGUGACUCAUGUCACCUACCUCCAGAAUCUAAGGGGUGUGGUGGAAAUAGCUACUGGCAUCGUCGCCAUAGAUUCUCAGCGAAAUAUCGCAUAUAGUUAAAGUAAAGAUAUGUCUUUACUAAGUGAGUUUUGUCCAUGACUUUAAAACAAUCAUGACUACCCUUAAUGUAGUAGUUUAGUAUUAUGAAAAUUUAUAUGAAAUGGUUAGUUUUUGUUACAUUUCUACCUACAUAUUAUAAUAAAAAAAAAAUUUUGUUUCGUAUUUUUCUAGGUAAUUUUUAUUCAUAAUUUGCUUAGUUAAACUUAUUACUAUAACAAUCAGGAAAAUAAACUGAUUUAAUGUAUUUAAUAUUUAUUUACUAAAAGUUGUAUAUUUAUAUAUUGUUUUGUAUUUCGUUACUUUUAUUGAAAUCACUAUAAAUAAAUCUGGUUAUACUACCUCUUUGGUGGUUUAUAUGAUUUUACUAGUAAAUUGUGUAAAAUUGUUACCUACGGUGUAUAUUUUAUGUUGAAUUGACUAUAAACUAUAUAUCUUAGUAUAAAUGUCAAUCCACACUUACUAAACCUUUUAUAUUUUGUUACCAAAUAAUUUUCGUCACGAAAGUAAAAACCGCGCAAGUUUAGUUUGACAAGACGUUUGAUUCUCUUUCAUAUUGAAAUCGUACCAUUUUUUACUUAAAAGUCAUAUCUACGUUAAAUAAUAUCUUGCCGAGUAACUUUAAAAUCUAUCCUGGUGUGUUUCAAGCCUAAAGUAAAUCUCCUACUGUUCAUUACUGUUGCUGCUGGUUGCGCUACCAGUUAACAAACAGGUCGCUAAGUGUGGUUUAGACCUUAUGUUUAAUUUAGUCGAUAUAGAAUGUGCAAUGUUUAGAAAUUAGUGAUUUUGAUGUUUCAUGCCAAAACAAUUUUGGUUAAUUAUCAUACAAAGUAGUGAAUUGUUCCAAUAAAUAAAUUAAUUGUAAUCACUU